AUGGGAAUUGUUGAUGUUUUGUUGACAAGUUUGGCUCAUUUUUCUAGACAACCAAAUCGUUUGGAGCCUUUACAUCCUGCUAUUGCUGAAGAACAACCAAUGUUAUGUUUUGAACGCUGCUUUGCGUACGGAACGUUCAUUCAAGCUUUCUGGGACAUUACAACAACAGACAAUGGGUUUACAAUUUAUUGGUGUCAGUGGAGUUGUUGGUUGUGGACAAACUGAUUAUAUUGAAAAUCCAUCACUUACAACAACGUUAUCUUCAGCAACAAUUGAUUCGACAACAACGAAAUCUCAUGUCCCAGUAUCAAUA